AAAAAAAUUAUAGGGACAACGCCUCAAACCUUCGUAGAUAAUAACAGAUCAGAUUAAAAGAUUCUACCAACUUAAUUAUCUAUCUAUCCAUCUUCUUGAGCUAGAUAGAAUCGAUGAUUCUUCGCAAGAAGAGCUCUGUCGCUGAUAAAAGCAGCGCUGAGGCGACGACGAUGUUUGCGAACGAGCAAUCAGUAGAAGAUCCACAAGACCGGAGGCCGCACCAUGUCCAAAUUCCGGUACGACACGGCAGCAUCUUGGACUUCGCAAGGCACUCUCUCUUCGCGCCUCAUCCGGCACCGAGCGAUUCAAAUCCAACCCCGGCAGAGUGGAAGAGCAGCAUAAUCCACACUCCUCCUGAAAAGCAGCUAACGCUCUUGGCGUUCCGCCUUGCGAUACUAGAGAAGUCCGCCACUGGACUCGGGGCGUUGGCGUUCAUCUGGGCCACGACUGUUGUUCUUAGUGGCUUCUUGGACGAUCUCCGGCCGAACGACUACGCUUUUGUGACGGUCAUUCUCGUCAUCGAAGGCAUCCGAAUUUUCAGCCGCAGUCAUGAGCUCGAGUGGCAGCAGCUCCCUGCACACCCUCUCAGUAACAGUGGAAGAGUUCAGCUGCAAGGCGAUGUUUGUUGGAUAGUCGCAUCGAAAUUCAUAAGCAGAGCACUCUCCUGCCUUCAACUCUUGUCUGCCGUUACCUGCGUGACGCUCUCCUUGAUGCGCCUUAUCGAUCAGGAUUACGGCGCAGAAGUAGAAAGUAAAAGGAACGCGAGUAUCUCGUUAAAUCUCUUCUUUGGACUAGCACUCGGUGAAGCUCUCAUCUUUUUGGUGGAGAGAAGCUACUGGGCGUGGAGGAUCUACUGGUGCCGUCUUCUAGAAAAUGUUAGUCGAGAGUACAAGCUCGGGCCGAUGGGAAUCGCUCCGAUUAGGCGAUUCUUUUACGAGAUUUACACCAAGUGCGUUAAUGACAGCGUCUUCGACGGCUUCAAGAUGAACUUGGUGAGCUUCGCUGAGGAUUUGCUGGACUCUGAAUUCCACGAAGAACGACUUAUGGGGCUGCAAGUCCUACGGAAGUUGGUGGGCAAUGCCCGUUUUGUCUUCGGCACGCUGAGAAAAAUUGGGUCUUCGACGUCGACGAUGGAGAGGCUGAUCGAGAUGCUGAAUUGGAAGAACCCGGGAGAAGAAGAGAUCCGGCUGUGCGCGGCGGAGAUUAUGUCAGAGCUUGCGGGAAGGAGGAGAAACGUGCUCCGAGUCGCUGCGAUUCCUGGAGCAAUGGAGUCAUUGUCGUCGUUGCUCCACAGUGGCAGCACCUCUGAUCAGAUUAAUCCUCAUGAGCUCAACCUGCUGGGCUUGCUCAUCUUCAAGAAGCUCUCGACUGACCAUCACAACUGUUGCAAGAUAGGAAGCACCAGAGGCCUUCUCUCCAAGAUCAUAGGCCUGACUGGUUCGAGCAGAGACAGAGACACACCGACCGCACAGAGUAGAAUUGUCAAACGAUCAUUGCAACUGGUGAAGAUGCUGGUCGAGACUGAUGGAGAGGUCGGCAAAAUGCUCCGGCAGGAGAUAUCGAAAAUAGUGUUCACGGUGAGCAACAUAAGGGAGAUGGUAAAGAAUGGAGAUAUCCAGAUGCAAAAGCUGGGAAUUGAGAUACUAAAAAGCUUGAGUAUGGAUGAGCAUGCUAAGGAGGAGAUUGGUAACACAGGUGGUGUUAUCAAGCUGCUCCUGUCGAUCUUUUUCAUGCCUAGAUUCAGUGAUGAUGAGAAUUAUGUAUGCAAUCAGGCAGGAGAGACCCUGGCGAUGUUGGCAUUGGAAAGCAGCAACAAUUGUGAUCGUAUAUUGAAGAAACCAGAGGUAUUGAAGAAGCUCAUCGGCGUGCUAACCGAUCCCGUUCUCCGAAUCAACGCUUCGAGGAUUUUGCGCAAUUUGUGUGCUUAUACUAGAAUGGAAUGCUAUGAUGAUCUCGGCCAAGUUGCUGUCGCCAUGCCCACUGUACUGAAGGCCAUCUUGAAGGAAAAAGAGAAACUAUUGGAAGCAUCUGUUGGUCUGGCCACACAGCUCUGCAAAUUCACAAAUGCUGAUGAGUUUGCUCGAGCACUGGAGCAAGCUGAAAUUCAAGAGAUUGAGCUCGUUGAGAAGCUGGUAGAAAUACUGAAGGAGUACGAAUAUCCAGAUAUCAAGGUCCCGAGAAUAAGGAGGUUUGUGAUUGAACAAGCCAUUUGGAUGAUGAACUCCGACAGCAAUAGUGUUGGAUUAUUCGAGAAAUUUGGAAUGGAGAGACUGCUGGAGUCUGUGGAGGAGACGACGUCGGAGCUUGAAUGCUUCCAUAUCUUUUCCGGCAGUGUUGGACUUAGCCGGCACAGAAAGACCAUGCCUUAUCUUGUAGAGACAGCCUCAAAUAUAAUGAGUGCUGGAAACUGAUCAAACAAAUAGUACUCCUGUUGUGUGGGUGUGUGUGUUUGUAAAAUUCAAUAUUCGAAGUGGAUCUUGACAAGAUCUAUAAUGGAUAUGAUGGUAGCAAAA